AUGAACACGGAUCGUCUCUCUAGUCUCGAGAAAUUAAAUACUAUCGCUAUCGAUGAAUUUGGUUAUUUAGUUUUAGCCCUCGAAAUUCAUUCCUGUUUUAGAAUAGCAUUGGGAAUUACGUUCUCUUAUUCUCUCCAAGAUCUAUCCUGUUGUAGUAUAUUGAUAGAUAUUCCGUAUUUGUGUAACAAAAAUUUACGUAGUCUUUCUUUUGCUUAUAAAGUUUAUCAAAAAUUCAGAGUACCCGAAGGACUUAAAAAUGUACCAACAUUAAGUUUCGUGAGAUUGGCUUUAGCUAUUUUGUCUAAUAAGGGUCCUGACAAUCGUUGGGAAUUUAUGCGUAAAGUUCUCGAGAAAGAAGGAAUUGGAAAAAUUUGGUUCAAUGGAGAAUGGUUUAUCAUUUAUCAUUACAACCGAUUUGGAACUUACAAAAGAUGUAUUUUCGAAAACAGGUUAGAUUAUUUCUACAGUACUAAUGUAGCCAUUUCCAACGUUGAUGAUUUUUGGAGACGUCAUCAGUAUUCUAUCGCACAAACAUUUAUCUUCAAUAGAACGAAUCUAGCAAUAAUUGAUGAAACGGUUGUGAAAUUACUAAAAGUCAUUGAAAAAGUUGAUAAUGAAAUCAUAGAAGUCAAAGAUCUUAUGCAUAG